AUGAGAUCUCAUAAUGAAGAUGGUAACUAUUAGUCUAUAAUUAGUACUACACAAACUAGAUUUCGAGAAAAUUAUUAAAAAUCCUCCUAAAACCAAUAUUGAAGAAUGCUUAAAUCCUCCCUCUUUAGAUGAUAGCUCUUCGUUAGUUAAAUCAAACUUAUUCGAUCUUAACUUGAAAGAAAUUACGUAAUAAUAAUAAAUUAAUCAAUUCCUCAUUGAGAAUUGCGAGAAAUGGAUAGAAACUUAAGAAUCCACUUAAUAGCCAGCAUCGCUUAAAUAAAAAUAUAUCAAAGAAAAAUUUUCACCGUUUUCUCAACUUAUUAAGAUUCUCGUUUUUCUUAAAUAUCUGAUAGAUUUUUUUAGCAUUUUACUCAAUAUUUUUUGCGGAUUAUGUAUCCCUCUUCUUAAUCUCAUUGAAGACUAUGAAAAUAUUAGAAUUACACUGUAUUUCCUAAUAGCUUUUCAUUUUUUCACCAUAAUAAUUUAAAAUCAAUUCUCCUACUUAUAACUUAUCAAAACAAAACGAUCACUUUGUGAAUAAAAAUUCUGUUUUUUAAAUGAAAUUACUCUAAAAAAUAUAGCAGUUAUAAUUUUGAUAUUAAUUUACCUUAUAGAAAAAGUCGAUUUGGUGCUUGAAAUAAUUUCACUGUAUUAUUUUAAUUAGGCAUAUAAUAUGAUUGAAAUAUUUACUAUUUUGUUAAUUAUUUAGAGAAGUAAAUUAUGAAUAUUAAAUAGAUUAGAAAAAUGUUAUAAAACACUGAGUAUUUAGAAAGCAAUCGUUUAUUAUAUUUACUUUCUACAUCUAUUUUCAAGUUUUUUUCAAAAAUCUAAAUGCGACGGGAACUUUUUACUUAAAUAUCAAUAGUCCUUAAAUAUCAACAUUAACUUUUUGACCUUCUAAUCUAAUUAUGAUCUCUAAGAUUCUACAUAGAAUUUCGAUGUGAUAGUUAAUUAGUUAAUGGCGCUACUGUUAAUGUUUUAUGCAAUAAAUAAUUUAAUUUCGAUUAAAUCUAAUCAAGGUUAUAUUCAAAAUUAAAUUAAAUUUGAUGUUCAUGUAUUACAAUAUUACUUUUGGCACCAUAAAGGAUAAAUCUUAAAAAAAUUGCAACGUUACUCAUAAAUUUCGAAUAGAGAAAUUAAGAAGGCAUAAGUAUUUCAUUAUUUUAAUAUAAGUUGCCACAAUAAGCAAUAAUUAAUAAAAUAUAUUUUUAAAUUUUGAAAGAUAAUUUAAAGGUCUUAGCAUUAUUUUCAAAAUAAUUUAAGAUAAGUUUGUCUUAGAAAGUGCAAUCAAUUCGAAGAAACAAAGAGAAACCAAUAGAGGGUAAAAAUGGAUUGUAUCUCAUUUUGAAAGGGAAAGGAUACUAGAAUCUCAGAACAAAAUUUAAAUGCUAACAAUAAAUAGAAUCAAAAUAACCCUUAUUUGGGCUAAUUAAUUGCUUCUAGAAGAACAUUUCUGAUGUUGAAUUAGAAUUGGACGAUCAUUUUUUAUUGCUCUAUAUCAAACAAGAAGACUUUUAAUCAAGUCUAUCACUUAAUUAAGAUAUUGUAUAAUAUUCAAAUAAGGUUAGGAAUCGUUUCAUCUGAUAAAAAAUAAAAUCAUUUUUGAAGGAGAGACAAGUCUAUUAGAUUAUAGAUGUUUGAUCUGUAAUCAAUAUCAUUUAGAAAGAAGAUGUAAAGUUCUAAAAUUAGAAGUGGAUCCUAGAGUGCUUAAUGAACAAAAUAUUCGAAUGAAUUUUAAGAAGAGAUUGAUGAAGAAAAGACAAAAAGCCUUUAAGACAUAUGUAAAAUUCAAUUUGAAUAGCAUUUUAGGCGAUUCACAAAUAGAAUAAAGAUACCAUAGAUUGGAGUGAGAGCAGUGUGAAUGAUAGUUGUGAGUAAUUUGAAAUACAUCCUGAAGAUGGUAGCACAAGUCAAAAAGUUACAGAUAAAAUGUGUAAUUCUAUUACAAGUAAAGGAAAUGUACAAUUUUCUGUUAUUUAAAAAGGAUGGAUUUGCAGAUUUUAAUAAACUUUAUGAAAAAUUUAGGAAUAACCAUACAUAACAAUAGGCGUCUAUUCACUCAAGUUAAUAUAUCGGAGAAAUGAUUCGUUCUGAUUUUCGAAGCAUUCCUUUACAAUCCUCUUAAUAUAAAUUCUAAGAUAUAUAAACUGUUGAUGACAUUGAUUGUCUUAAAGAGUAUACAUAUUUUUAUCCAGAAUUCAAUAUCGGCUAUAUCAUAUCGCUUUUUGAAAAUUGA